AUGGCGAAGCACAGCGACAAAUGGAAGGGAUACUUUCGAUGCGACGACUUGGUCCCUCCCUUGUGCGACGAUGACUUGAAGGUGACCAACGGAACAGUCGAAACACUGAAAGGAGUCCACGUUGCCUAUUGGCGCUACACUCCUUCCGUCCUCAAACCACACAAGUAUCCUAUUGUCGUCAUCAAUGGUGGACCCGGUCUCCCCCAUAACUUCAUUAGGCCACUCCGGAAUUUGGCAUGCGAUGGACGAGAAGUGGUCAUGUACGAUCAAGCCGGGACGGGAGCUUCCGCAUUGCCCGGGGAAGACGACGAUGAUGAUGACAGUGAACAAGAAGAUGUCACAAAGAAAUAUCCAGAGUUGCUAACGUUGGAUUAUUAUGCCAAUACAGAGCUACCUGCCAUUAUUAAUGCACUAGGUGCCAAGAGGUAUCAUGUACUAGCGGAAUCUUGGGGAACCAUGAUUGCCUUUGAAUUUGCCGUUUCUUCUUCUUCCAAGCAGAACAAGCACAUUCGUGAGGGUUUGCAGUCGUUGACCAUGAAUGCACCCAUUGCCGAUAACCGCAAAUUUAUCGAAUACCAAUGGGAUCUGGACGAUGGAACCGUCGGCACCCUACCAACCUACACACAAGAGCGCCUCAAGCAUUACAAUGACACCCAAAACUUUGACAGCGAAGAAUUCCAAGAGUUGGAAGAAGUCGUCAUGUCCAUGUUCAAUGCCCGCAUUGGCGUUGUGGUAGAUUGUUGGAUCGAAACCGAAGAAGCUGGAAUAUCCAGCAUCGACUAUGAUCCCUUGACUGGAACAACUGACAUCUUCAUACCGGCUCCUGGUGUGGACUUGAGAGGAUGGACGGUCCUUCCAGAACUUUACAAGUUGAAGGAUAUUGUUCCGGUUCAACUCAACCAUGGCCGUUACGACAUGGUGCGCCCAAGAUUGGUGGCGGACACAGCCGCCGCACUGGGAUUCGACAGCGUCGAAUGUCAUCUCCUUCCCCAAGCAGCCCACUCCAUCCUCUUGGAUUCGCCCAAGGAAGUCUUCUUCUACAUGGAGGGGUUCAUCCAACGAGUCGAAAUGGCCCGUCAGAAGAAUCGCCGCUUCCAGCCGAAUGGGACUUGUCCCGUUUGGAACAAGGCCCUUGGCCGAGCAGAAUACAACACCAUGCUGGGAUGGGCCAAUCAUUCAUCUAACAUUGCUUCCACUCCCAUCGUUCUAUCUCUUGUCGCCAUUGUCGUAUCCUUUUGGCUAGGAAUGCAAGUUGGGAUGAAGAGGAACAAGUCGCUGACCGAGGGAUACGAACCAGUAAAGAACGCAGAACAGGAGCUCGGGGGGACUCUGUGAUUGUGGAAGUGGCAACGAUACCUCAUGAACAGUCACAAGCUAGCAAUACAUGUAGUUGAACAAGAUGAGGUGGCUAAUCUACUGGCUGGCUGGCUAGCCAGCGGUAAAUAAUGGAUCCAUCCACUGUCAGUUCACUAUUUGUAGCGCUUUUCGAACUGAUACGAGAGCAAUCAAGAGCAAACUCGCGCAUUCGACAUCCGUGUUCGGUAGUGGAACUAGAAGCCGACAUGGCGUGGACCAAUACAUGUACCGGUACCAUCGCUUCCUGUGAAAUAAUUCCCCUCCUUUCGUUCUCAACGAGCGGUAAAGCUGGCUGGAUGCAGGUUCCAUGUAAACAAACCUUCUGGUGCUCCCUUGUGAAACCAUUCCUGCAGGGCCCUUUGCCGAGCGGCGAGCAGAAUAAUGUUUGAUCGAGAGAGGCCUAGCCAGAGCCAAAUGCGACUACGGUAGCUUAGAGCCAAGCACUACUACUCCAGCAAUAGCUCCUGGACAUGAUGAUACCGCAAAACAAACAGGGAGCUGGGAGGUGAGAUAGCAAAGAUACGCCUCUGAACGAAAAGGAUGUAUUUCACACGCUUGAGCAAAAUUGCUUUCCUGCAUGUGAUAAUCGGGCUUUUGGGCUAGGGGUGCACGGUGCUGCACGAUCUUGAAUCUUUGCAGAAGUUACACUUCAACAGAGAACGUAGUCCUCCACAUGUAAAUGGAGGAGUUAAAGACACAACCGGCACUUUAGAAGCUUCCACAAUUUGCAGCUACCUGUAUUUGUGGAAAGCACCGUUGAGAUGCUUUUAGAGGAGGCAGACAAUGAUAUGAAACCUUCCUCCAGCAGGAGCAGCCCUGGAGACUGGUGAGCGAGCAACCGGUCCACUCCAGCAACAGAACUGAAGUUUUCCGUGUAAUUCUUUCCUAACUGCGCAUUUUUGUUUUCUGGAGUUCCAAGGCCCCUCUAAACAGUAGCCACUUUUAUGAUGUCUUGAUGCUCCACUCUUUUUUAGGAGUUUGAGUAGAUCGUUAACAGCUAGGUGUUUGAAUGGUUUGUCAUUGAGGCGGAGAGGUCCUUGCUCAAAAUGUCAGGAUGCUUGCUGUCAUCAUUAUUGUGGAGGAGAGGUCAGCCCUCACCAGAUUCCAGAACAAAAGUCAUUGCGUUGGCCAUGGUGGAGAGAUCUUUAUACUGGAAGUGGCCUAGUUAGUAUGAAUUCACGCAACGCCUUCUGGACAUGUAAUUGCUGAACGUCAAGUGUGUGAGUCAAUCUGCAUUUACCGAAGACACCAAUCAAUCAAUCAACCAACGGUGAAAUAGAUCUAUGAUAGCUACUGGAGUUGCGGGGAAUGGACUUUUGCAGUACUUCCUUU